AUGCUUAGCUAUAAUUAUUAUCGUGUACUUUUGAGUCGCCAUUCAAUUGACAAAACGUUUAAAUUAUGUGGUAUUACUCGUAGUACUUGUCAAAUUGACCUUCGUUCUCAUCGAUUUAUGGCAACGACCAGUGGAAAAAAUACGACAAAUUAUGAUUAUGAUUAUUUCGUAGUUGGUGGUGGAUCAGGUGGUGUUCGAUCCAGUCGAAUAGCUGCUCAAUUAGGUGCUCGUGUUGCUCUAGCUGAAAAUAAACAAUUGGGUGGCACUUGUGUUAAUGUUGGUUGUGUACCAAAAAAAUUAUUUUGUUAUGCAUCACAAUUUCGAGAAUUGUUCCAUGAUGCACAUGGCUAUGGUUGGCCAAAAAUUGAUAUGAACUAUAAUGAUCAUAAUUGGAAGAAAUUUUUAGAAAGUAAAAAUGCAGAAAUUCAACGACUUAAUAAUGCAUAUGAAAAAAAUCAAAAAGAUAAUAAUGUUGAAAUAAUAAAAGGACGUGCAACAUUAAAAGAUUCACAUACUGUUAUUGUUAACGAUAAAGAAUAUUCAACGAAACAUAUACUUGUCGCUGUUGGAGGUUGUCCGAUCAUACCGAAUAUAGAAGGACGUGAACAUAUAAUUACGUCGGAUGAUGCUUUUUUUCUUGAAAAACUACCUAAGAAUGUUAUUAUUGUUGGUGGUGGUUAUAUUGCAACAGAGUUUGCUUGUAUUUUUAAUGGGUUUGGUUGUGAAGUAACAUUAAUUUUACGUGGAAAGACAAUUUUAUCAUCGUUUGAUGAAGAUAUUCGAGCAAAAUUAACUGAUGAACUUAAAAAGAAUGGCAUCAAUAUUCUAUAUCAAACUGAAGUGGAACGUAUAGAAAAAUCAUCUGAUGAUUCUUUUCGUGUUAAAUUUAAACAAGAUAAAACGCCCAUGGAUACAAAUCUUGUUAUGUUUGCUAUUGGUCGUCAUCCAAAUACAUAUAAUAUUGGUUUAGAGAAAGCUGGUAUUAAAACAGAUGAUAAUGGUGUGAUUAAAGUCGAUGAUUAUUCGCAAACAACUAUGCCAAAUAUCUAUGCAGUUGGUGAUUGUACAGAUCGUAAAGCUCUAACACCUGUAGCUAUACAAGAAGGUCAUUAUUUAGCAAAUAUGCUAUUUGGUAAUGAACAACCACGAAAAGUUGAUUAUGCUACAGUAGGCACAACUGUAUUUAGUGAACCGGCUAUUGGUACAUGCGGCUUAACGGAACAACAAGCGAGAGAAACAUACGGAGUCGAUGGAUACGAUGUAUAUGAAUCGACAUUUAAACCAAUGUUUGUACAAUUAUCAAAACGUGAUCGAAAAUCGUAUGUGAAAUUAAUUGUUGAUCGAAAUGGUCAACAACGUGUUGUUGGCAUUCAUUUGAUGGAUCAUGCAGCACCAGAAAUUAUUCAAAUGUGUUCAGUUGCUAUACGUGCUGGUGCAACGAAAGACUUGUUUGAUCAUACUAUUGGUAUACAUCCGACGAGCGCUGAAGAAAUCGUACAAAUCAGAAAAAAACGUGAAAAGAAAAACUGA